GCACGCUCGAUGUGAGAGCGAUUGAAAGUUUUUGAUUGAAAUUUCGGAAAUUGUAGCGGUGAUUAAAGCAAAUAUUUUCAAUUCCGCAACGUGCAUAGCUCAAGAGGGUUCUCUUCCACUUCGUUCCGGUGGGAGUGAGUGUAAUAGUUUACUGGAAACCGACAUCCAAAAAAAAAGAACAAUGGAUACGAGUCAGAUGGGAACCAGCGGCGUAAAGGAUUUCCUGCGCGAUUUGAUCCUCCGAGCGGAGGAUGUUCUGGGCAAGAUGAUCUACAAGCUGACGAUAACGGACAUCUCCAUCGGCGAGAUGGUGGCCAUGAUCAACUCGGUGUUCGCCUUGGUCAGUCAGUGGGAGGAAAACUUGAAGGAUAUCAGCAUGGAAAUGCUCAACAUUCCGGCGACGGGUUCGAAGCCAGUAAAAACCACCUCCGCUAUGGAUGAGAGGAAAAUUAUGGAACAAGUCAGUCUGCUGGUACGCAAGGACGACGGCUGCACUCCGAUCGAACCGACCAUGGCAAACACUGAGGAUGCUAAACCGGUAUUUGUCUACUUGGAACAGUCGCUGAAACAAUACUCGCCGGGUCAAACCGGAACGGGCUACCUGACCUACGUGGUUCCAAAGACCACCACAUUCUACAUGAUCGAUCGUAGCCAAAGCAACGGCAAAAUGGAGCAAACGUUAUCUUCUCUGCAAAACGUUAGCACGCACUUGGAAGAGCUUCCGGACUCGGAUGUGACCGUAUUCGGAGUUGAACUGGAAGGUACCAUCUUCCGUGCCAUUCGGAGUCAAUCGGUUUUGGCGUGGCCGUUUCUAAAACUGUUGGACGUGGGAGAAGUCGUCCCGUACUCAGAAUCGAUGAUACUCUAUGAGUUAACGAAAUACUAUCAACAGUUGGCGCCCUUAGCCGUCCGUUGUCAGUUGGUGGAUGUGGUUGAUGAGCCGUUCUGCGGUGACUUCAAUCGAUACCUCAUGGAUAAUUUGUACAACAUCAGAAGGUUCGAAAUAUGCGCACGUGAGGAUGAUAUAUUGCGGGUAAACUUGUCCACCGCCUUCAAAGUGAACCGGAAUCCAUUCCUUCCUUUGACGCAGAAGAAGCCCGUAGAACCAGCUCCCAAAGAGUACAAAAUAUCGGAAAAGACUCUUACGCAGGAACAGUUGAACUCCCUGUACGAGGAACCGCUGAAUACGACCAACGUCAUGAAGGCGACGCUGGGAUAUGUGCCGAAGGACGAUGCUCGCAUUUGUCCGUUCUACGAUCCGAAGAUUCAGGGCUGUUUCAAGGGAGCCAGUUGUCGGUUGGAGCACGUGGCCAAAGAUCCGGACGGUUGGACCCGGGAUCGAGCCCUGCAUAAAGCUAAAAUUCGGGCGCAGUUGAUCGAGCCGAAAAUCGGAUCGAUGGUGAAGCUGAUUCCCACGACGAUCAUCAACGUCGAGGAGUUCUACGGGCAGCUCGAUCGAAAGGAGUACAUCGAGGGGUUGAGCGAGUUGCAGCGGUUUUUGAAUGAUCCCACCUACGUACGGGAGUUUCGAAUGAUGGAUCAUAAGCCAUACACCCGUGAACUGGUGUUUGCCUUCUACUCGGGCGACGGUCAGUGGUACCGGGCGGAGGUGUUGGAAUACUUUCACGAUGGGUUGAUGGACGUGUUCUACCUGGACUAUGGCAAUCGGGAAAACGUCCGGCUGGAGGAUUUGCGCAUGUGGGACGAUCGAUUCGAUUACCUGCCGUUUCAGGCGGUCCACUGUCGGUUGGCAAACGUAAGCCGACUUCGGGAGGAUGACGCACGGGCGACGGCUGCCCUCCGGGAGGAGAUUCUGGACCGACUGAUGAUGGUCAAAGUGCUAGACAUCCGCUCCUACUGGGAAGUGUUGGUGUACGGUGCAGAGAUGGUGGACAUUGGGCAACUGAUGGUCCGAAGGAAUAUGGCCCGGACGAGACAACCGAUUGUGAUGAGCGAAAAGGAUGGCAUGGUGCCGGCUUAGAAUAGAUUAUUAUUUGCUCUGUUCAAAAAGAGCUCGAAACAGCCUGCAAGCACUUUUGGAGCGACUUUUUUUGCUUUUGACGCUUGUCAAGUGUCAUUAGAGACAAAAAAAAAAAACUAGAAAUUGUUUAUACAUAUUCAGUUUAUGGUUCCAAAGGAUAUAGUUUUCUAAGUAUUUUGUUAAAACCAAAAAAUCGCGAAACAGUUCAAAACAAACAGAUCAUUGAGAAAAGCAGCUCGAAUCAAUUGAUCACAAUAUUCGAGCAGUUUAAAACUCGAACUUUGACAUGGAAUAAUAUUUUGAGAUAUUUUUCUUCUAGGGUAGGUGUACCAGUUAUGACUAUACGUUCCUACUAUGAUGUGUUCCAAUUAUGGCAUAUGGAAUUCCCAUAGGCCAUAAUUGGAACACACAUUGGAUCUUCGAGUAAACAGGUUAUAGGUUAUAGCGAAACCGAACUUUUUGUCAGUGCGAAUUUCAACCUGAGGUAGGUUUUAAAAACAAACGAUCAAACUGACGUUUGUCAGAAAACAAGCAGACGCAAUCUCUUGAUACCCGAUCCAGGUUGGAACUGAAUAAUAAACGAAUUGACCACUUUGUCAAGCAGUUUUGGUGUGACUUUCUACCAGCGAUUUCACAAAACUGGACCAAUUUCUAUUUU